CCGAAUCCCGGGCGGCCGCCGGCGGCUGGAGCGCUCCGGGUGGUGAGGGUGAGCCGGUCCGGGUAGAGGGAGUGCCACGCGCCGACUUUCUCUCAGAGAGGUGGAGCAGGUCCCUCUGCAGCCAUGUCAGCCAAGGCAAUUUCAGAGCAGACGGGCAAAGAACUCCUUUACAAGUACAUCUGCACCACCUCUGCCAUCCAGAACCGCUUCAAGUAUGCCCGGGUCACUCCCGACACAGACUGGGCCCACCUGCUGCAGGACCACCCCUGGCUGUUGAGCCAGAGCUUGGUAGUCAAGCCAGACCAGCUGAUCAAACGGCGUGGAAAGCUUGGCCUAGUUGGGGUCAACCUCACUCUGGAUGGGGUCAAGUCCUGGCUGAAGCCAAGGCUAGGCCAGGAGGCCACGGUGGGCAAGGCCACAGGCUUCCUGAAGAACUUCCUGAUCGAGCCCUUUGUUCCCCACAGUCAGGCGGAGGAGUUCUACGUGUGCAUCUAUGCGACCCGCGAAGGGGACUAUGUGCUAUUCCACCAUGAGGGCGGGGUGGACGUGGGCGACGUGGAUGCCAAAGCCCAGAAGCUGCUGGUGGGUGUGGACGAGAAGUUGAAUCCGGAAGACAUCCGGAGACAUCUCUUGGUGCACGCUCCUGAAGACAAGAAAGAAAUUCUUGCCAGUUUUAUCUCCGGCCUCUUCAAUUUCUAUGAGGACCUGUACUUCACCUACCUCGAGAUCAAUCCCCUUGUUGUAACCAAAGAUGGCGUCUACGUCCUUGACUUGGCAGCCAAGGUGGACGCCACUGCUGACUACAUCUGCAAAGUGAAGUGGGGUGACAUAGAGUUCCCGCCCCCCUUUGGGCGGGAGGCCUAUCCAGAGGAAGCCUACAUUGCAGACUUGGAUGCCAAAAGUGGAGCCAGCCUGAAACUCACCUUACUGAACCCCAAGGGCAGGAUCUGGACCAUGGUGGCCGGGGGUGGCGCCUCGGUCGUGUACAGUGACACUAUCUGCGACCUUGGGGGCGUAAAUGAGCUGGCCAACUACGGGGAAUACUCAGGCGCACCCAGUGAGCAGCAGACCUACGACUAUGCUAAGACCAUCCUCUCCCUCAUGACCCGCGAGAAGCACCCCGAUGGCAAGAUCCUCAUCAUUGGAGGCAGCAUUGCAAACUUCACCAAUGUGGCUGCCACGUUCAAGGGCAUCGUGAGAGCCAUUCGAGAUUACCAGGGCCCCCUGAAGGAGCAUGAGGUCACGAUUUUUGUCCGACGAGGCGGCCCUAACUAUCAGGAGGGCCUGCGGGUGAUGGGAGAAGUGGGGAAGACCACCGGCAUCCCCAUCCAUGUAUUUGGCACGGAGACCCACAUGACGGCCAUCGUCGGCAUGGCGUUGGGCCACCGGCCCAUCCCCAACCAGCCGCCCACCGCAGCCCACACUGCAAACUUCCUGCUCAAUGCCAGCGGGAGCACAUCGACUCCAGCCCCAAGCAGGACCGCGUCCUUUUCUGAAUCCAGGGCUGAUGAUGCAGCACCUGCCAAGAAAGCCAAGCCCGCCAUGCCACAAGAUUCAGUCCCAAGUCCAAGACCCCUGCAAGGGAAGAGCGCCACCCUCUUCAGCCGCCACACCAAAGCCAUCGUGUGGGGCAUGCAGACCCGGGCUGUGCAAGGCAUGCUGGACUUCGACUACGUCUGUUCCCGAGACGAGCCCUCGGUGGCCGCCAUGGUCUAUCCUUUCACGGGUGACCACAAACAGAAGUUUUACUGGGGACAUAAGGAAAUCCUGAUCCCAGUCUUCAAGAACAUGGCUGAUGCCAUGAAGAAACACCCGGAAGUGGAUGUGCUGAUCAAUUUUGCCUCUCUCCGUUCUGCCUAUGACAGCACCAUGGAGACCAUGAACUACGCUCAGAUUCGCACCAUUGCCAUCAUAGCCGAAGGCAUUCCUGAAGCCCUCACCAGGAAGCUGAUCAAGAGGGCGAACCAGAAGGGAGUGACCAUCAUCGGACCUGCCACUGUUGGAGGCAUCAAGCCCGGGUGCUUCAAGAUUGGGAACACAGGUGGGAUGCUGGACAACAUCCUGGCCUCCAAGCUCUACCGCCCUGGCAGCGUGGCCUACGUGUCGAGGUCUGGAGGCAUGUCCAACGAGCUGAACAACAUCAUCUCCCGCACCACGGAUGGCGUUUACGAGGGUGUGGCCAUCGGCGGUGACAGGUACCCUGGCUCAACCUUCAUGGAUCAUGUGUUACGUUACCAGGACACACCAGGAGUCAAGAUGAUUGUGGUGCUUGGAGAGAUAGGGGGCACCGAGGAGUAUAAGAUCUGCCGGGGCAUCAAGGAGGGCCGCAUCACCAAGCCUGUGGUCUGCUGGUGCAUUGGGACCUGUGCCACCAUGUUCUCCUCUGAGGUCCAGUUUGGCCAUGCUGGUGCCUGUGCCAAUCAGGCUUCUGAAACUGCAGUGGCCAAAAAUCAAGCCUUGAAGGAGGCAGGGGUGUUUGUGCCCCGGAGCUUUGACGAGCUUGGCGAAAUCAUCCAAUCUGUAUACGAAGAUCUUGUGGCCAAAGGGGUCAUUGUUCCUGCACAGGAAGUACCGCCCCCAACGGUGCCCAUGGACUAUUCCUGGGCCAGGGAACUGGGUCUGAUUCGCAAGCCUGCCUCAUUCAUGACCAGCAUCUGCGAUGAGCGGGGCCAGGAACUCAUCUACGCAGGCAUGCCCAUCACUGAGGUCUUCAAGGAGGAGAUGGGCAUCGGCGGGGUCCUUGGCCUCCUCUGGUUCCAGAGAAGGUUGCCCAAAUACUGUUGCCAGUUCAUCGAGAUGUGCCUGAUGGUGACCGCUGACCAUGGGCCAGCCGUCUCGGGGGCUCACAACACCAUCAUCUGUGCGCGGGCGGGGAAGGACCUCGUCUCCAGCCUCACCUCGGGACUGCUCACCAUCGGGGAUCGGUUUGGGGGUGCCUUGGAUGCAGCAGCCAAGAUGUUCAGUAAGGCCUUUGACAGUGGCAUCAUCCCCAUGGAGUUUGUGAAUAAGAUGAAAAAGGAGGGGAAGCUGAUCAUGGGCAUCGGGCACCGAGUGAAAUCUAUAAACAACCCGGACAUGCGCGUGCAGAUCCUCAAGGACUACGUUAAGCAGCACUUCCCUGCCACCCCACUGCUAGAUUAUGCCCUGGAAGUGGAGAAGAUCACCACAUCAAAGAAACCCAAUCUUAUCCUGAAUGUCGAUGGUUUCAUUGGAGUUGCUUUUGUAGAUAUGCUUAGGAACUGUGGAUCCUUUACUCGGGAGGAGGCUGAUGAGUACAUCGACAUUGGGGCCCUCAAUGGCAUCUUCGUGCUGGGCAGGAGCAUGGGCUUCAUCGGGCACUACCUUGACCAGAAACGGCUGAAGCAGGGGCUCUAUCGUCAUCCCUGGGAUGACAUCUCCUACGUCCUCCCGGAGCACAUGAGCAUGUGACCGAGCCUGGAGUCCAACUGCAGGCACACGAACCGACACAGGAACUCCUCCCUGAGAAACAGCGUGCAGACAGCCGGCAGCUGGUCUGGGACGGGAAUAGCCACUGGGGCACACAGUGAAGACCAACUCCCUUGGGCUUACACCCAAAUGGGCCACACAAAGAAGCUUACUAUUUUUUAUUUUAUAAACAUAGAAAAACAAAACAAAAAAAACCAAGCCAAUACUUGUGACAUUUGCUCUGCUACCUGCUGUAUUUAUUACAUGGAUAUAUCCGAGUACUGUCAGCAUCAUGUUCCUCCUCCUGGAAGGGCGCUCAGAUGUUGUUUUCUUUUUUCCAUUAGUUGAAAAGAUUCUUUUUCCCUGGGAGGAAGGACUGACACUCUGUAAGGCUCUGGGUGCUACUGUCCACUUCCAGGCACCCUGACGUCCUGUCUCCCCUCUGUCCUCUUCCUCCUCAUAUAACAUGAAGAAUGUUGUGUUAAUCUGAUUGUUAAAGACUUUUGUGUAUGUUAUAUGUGUCAAGGAUUUAUUUAGCAUCCCACUGAGAUGUUCUGCAGGACCAAACAAGGUCUGCUUAUAUCAGGGGGGUGGAACCAUUGCAUCCUUGUCAUUGUCAUAAAGUGUGUGGAGUAGUAACUUAAAAUGUAAAGUUGUAACAUACAUAUGUUUAAGAUGAAACCACAAGGCAGAAAGCUGUGAAGUAUCUCAUGUCUUAGUUCUCCGUGUCUGUGCAGCUCCCUCGGCCUGUGACUGCAGCGUGAGGCCCAGGACUCCAUCAGCUAUUCUGCAUCUAUACUCCACCACGGAGCGGGGCGGCCGCCACCUCAGUCUCAUCUCCGUAUCCUCAUAGUCCAGUGGAAAUAAACUAUACAGUAACGAGGAAA